AUGUUUGUCAAUCGGACUGCCACGCCAUCUGGCUACCCGCUCGUUGCAGUGGACGUCAACGAACUGCGCAGGGAACAUUACUCGAAGGAAACAGUUAACAAGUUGGUGACCAUCGGACUUGUGGAGUUUGACUCGCGACGUAGCAAACGGCGAGGUAAGACCGGAGGCGCUCACGCAGGGUUGGGGAGUCGCCAGCAGGUCUCACCACAGAGGCUAGUUCAGGACGGUCACCGUUCGUUCAACAUAACAGGGGUUCCCUCAAUUGUUACGGAGAGGGCAACGUUGACCUCACGAAAGUCUGCAUCCAAUACUCACCGCGGGCAAGAACAGCGCAACGACAUGCUCAAAUCCAAGGGAAUCCGUCGGAGUGAGCGAACAUUCGUGGGCGCCACAUGUGCUGCGUGCGAGGAACCAUUGGAACAUAUGCUGCGUGGUGAACGCGUCCUGCAGUUUACUUGUGGUCACGUUGCGCACGAGGCCUGUUUUUAUGAAUAUAUCAAAGAGUUCCAAGAGCAGACAUGUCCUACCUGUGAGGAACCACUAGGACUCGAUACCAGUCGAGGUGGAAACAUCGAUUUCGACAAKCUUAACARGCYWSCUMGAUCUACACAAACACCGACUCCCACUCCCCGCGAUCAAUCACGAGAUGAAGAAACGACACCAGUACCCUGGGAGGCCAACGGCGCUUCAAGGCAGAACGACAGUUCCCAGCGAAUGCCCAAGCAGCAACCAUCGCGGGAACAUCUUUUGCCCGACCAGAUWCAUGCUCAGWCGUUAUCAAGUGGCGAACGCUUCGAUUCAUACAUAAAUUCUGCGACCGGGUCACAUCGACGAGUAGCGAGUAAUGAGAGUGCGGCUCGACCUUAUGAGUGUACAGAACCUGAUCAUAAAAGGCAUCAGCGGCCCAGAUCCUCGCAAUCGGUCCAAACAUCGGCAUCGGAUACCCGGAACGCGACAAGAAAUCCAAUUCCAGCACCACUUGUGACUGUACGCAGCGAAUUCCCAACACUGAACAAAUCUCGGCAACAACAAAGCCUUACAUGUUUGGUCACGGUGGAGGUUCUUGAGGGCAAAUGGCAUCCACGAUCUGAUGACAUUCGAGCCCCUCCACCAGUGCCUUCAACCAUAUCUGAAGAGCCAUAUGAGCCUCAAGUAUUGCCGCUAUCCUAUUAUCAAAGGCCUGUGGACAGUGUGCAUGGGGACUCGGCGCUCGACGAGGCUCGGGAUGAGUUGUUCAGACGCAUCGAUGACUGGCACGGCCUGGACUAUGAACGAUUUGGGACCCUUUUGCUGCACGACACAAUCCGCGUGGGCAAAGACCGUCACUCUUGGCAAGAAUUGGAGUGCUAUUUAUUCAGCGAGAUGUUGAUUUGCAUCAAGGAGAAGAGACAUCCGUUGAAGGGGAAUCCUCCGAAUGGGACGAGCAUGCGCUAUACGCUCAAGGGUUCCAUCCUGAUUCGGAAGCACCUGGAGCAGGUUGAAAUCUCGCCAGAUGAUAACAUCCUGACUCUGGUACUGUCAGUCGCCCGGCUCCCCGCGUUUCAUCUCCGUUUUCGAGAGCCAGAUCUGAUGGAGAAAUGGCGAAAGUGCCUGAUCAACAUUCUCAGGCAAGAUCCUGCUGUUCUCAAGCAGAACGGAUCUGAUCGCAGGUCGGUUUCCACCGACCAAGAUGAUGACUUUAUUGGCAACUCCGGUAGAACCUCGAUUCGUUCUUCAGGAUAUGGACGGUCACCGCGCACAGCACCGACCGAGUUCUCAUUGUCAAGAGAAGGAUCACAAGAAUCCCGUCUUGGAGAUUCGUCAAUCCACAUACCUCUCGACAUAGUGGUAGUUAUCCCAGUAUCAUCAUCAAUGCAAGGCCUCAAGAUGAGUCUUCUGAGAGACUCCUUGCGAUUCAUGAUUGCCAGUUUGGGUGAGCGAGAUCGACUGGGGAUAGUCUCUUUUGGAUCUGGCGGCGGCGGAGUGCCGCUGGUGGGCUUGACAAACAAAGGAUGGAAUGGCUGGCACAGGGCACUUGAAUCUAUCCGCCCGAUUGCACCCAAGAAUAUGAGAUCGGACGUCAUUGAAGGCGCGAAUGGAGCCAUGGACAUGUUGAUGCAGAGGAGGACCGUGAACCAACUCUCGCACAUCAUUUUGAUCAGCGAUUCUGCCACCUCCGACAGCGACAGUGUCGACUUUGUGGUCUCACGAGCUGAAGCUGCCAAAAUACCAAUACACUCAUUCGGGCUCGGUCUGACACACAAGCCAGAUUCAAUGGUCGAAAUGUCCACCAGGACCAAGGCAAGCUACACUUAUGUCAAGGACUGGAUGAUGCUGCGUGAAUGCAUGGCCGGAUGCCUGGGAGCGCUCCAGUCCACUUCUCAUCAGAAUGUCAAACUCCGGCUGCGCCUUCCAGAAGGGUCACCCGCAAAGUUUGUCAAAAUCACAGGAGCACUUCGGGUUACGAAACGCGCAACAGGUAGAGACGUAGAGGUCUCGUUGGGUGAUUUGCGUUUCGGAGAUAAACGCGAUGUCCUGGUGCAGCUUGCUAUACAACCGGACGACCCAUCUGCAGACACACCGCCCGUCGACCCUUGGCAGAGCAUAAUCUCUGGCUUGGAGGCAAUGGGUUCCUUGGACUCUGAGGUUACACAGAUGACAUCCAUGGAAGAGCUGCCACUUCUCCAAGCGGACCUCGUAUGGUGCGACCUACUCCGAGACGGCGCUCAGACACAGCUUCCACGCCCUUCUCUGCUCGCCAUCACAAUGCUCCCUUCGGCUGCAAGGCAAAGCUUGAGUGCUCGACCAGUGACACCGCCUAUACCUCCGCAUCCCUCGAUUGUUCAACGUCGCAUGGAAUUGCUGACUUCUGACAUGCUAUCUCGAGCCCUUGGGCUGGUGGCAAGAGGGCAGCAUGAUCGAGCACUACACCUGCUAGAGGAAACCCGAUCGAUCCUCAAAGGGCUGGGAAAAGGCGGUCUCCCUCCCCUUCCAACCCCUCCGCCAAGCGGUAGCCUCCCAUUAACACCGAGAUCCAUCCCACCAACACCAGGACUUCCCUGGGACGGACCUCCCACCCCAGUCUGUUCAUCACCCCUAUUCCCCCUCCCCCCAAACCAACGCGCUCCCCCACCCUCCCUCCGAGAUGUCUUCAAACCCUUCUCCAUCGCCUCGGAAAUUGACAAGGCCACCACGCUAGCCCUCGACUCGGAGCUAGAAACCAGUCUCGAAUGGCUCACGCAUCCCGCCAUCUUCGCUCGUGACGCGCGGAAAGGGGUCCUACAAGCGAUCGGAGUCAUCAAUUCCCAGCGUGGAUUCACAUUUCGAACACCUUCGGAAUCACUCUGGGCGACGAGGAUCCCGGGUGUGAGGAGACUUGGGGAGAGGAGUCGCAUGUGGCGGGAAGCGGGUGAUGCGUCGGUGGUGGAGGAGUGA